GAUAUAGUCAUGUCUCUCUUCUCCAACUCCACUUCUCUUUAUUCCCUUUGACUCAAAUAUGAAGUCUCAAAAAAUAAAAGUAGAUUUUUGUAAACUUAUUCUAGUAGUGGAAAGAUAGUUAUUUUAUUUUUUAUUAGAAGAAAAAAAGUAAUAUUCUAUUGUUGAAAUAUUCCAUUUCCCUCUAAAGUAUAAUAAAUAAAAGUGCAGUGAAAAUUCAUAAAUGUAAUACCAGUGCUUUAGUGCAAAUCAAUUAAGAACAUUGCGAUAAACAUGACAUUGAUAAAAGAUGAUAUUAUCAAGUGACAGAAGUCGAAGACUAUUUCUGAUGAAUUUUAAUAAUGUAAUUUUAGUACUUCUGUGACAAAGGAAUAGUUUUGGAGAAAAUGAAAAUUAAUUAUAAACAACUGCCAAUUAAGGCUCACUACUUUUGUUUCAUGGCAGCAAUGGGUCCAAUUCUUCCAUUCAUGAGCGUUUAUGGAAAGAAACUCGGUGUUUCUUCUAUUGUUAUGGGCAGCAUUACGUCUGUGCUACCAAUAUUAUUUUUACUGGCAAAACCAAUUUUUGGAUUUAUCGUUGACUAUUUUCAAGAAUUUCGAAAAUCGAUAUUUAUAAUUUUACUGGCAAUAACAAGUACUUCGUUUAUAUUGCUUUACGUACUUCCUCCACUAUCUGGACCGCAUUUCUUAAAAACUCAAUUUGAAAAUAUUUCCAUGGCAGAAAUUGAUUUUUGUAAUUCUGUGAUAAUACAUCCCACAAAAGAAUGUAAUAAUGGAAUGGAAACGAAUUGCAGUUGGUAUUGUGAAAAUGGGUCAAAUUUCACAUCUCGAAUGUAUUUUCAUUCUUCGAAAAACGUUGAUUUUAAAAGCAAUUCGUCAUGUUUUGUUUCAUUAGUUUUGAAUAUGACUAAAAAUUCAGAUCUAUUGUGCAAUAUCGAUUGCGAAAAUUUCUCAACCGAUUGUCUCUAUGCUUCAUCAACAUUUUGGGGAUUUGUUCUAUUAUUGUCUAUUGGAAAUAUUGGAUUUAAUGUUGCAAAUUCAAUAAGCGAUUCAAUUUGUUUCGAUAUUUUGGGAAAUGGAGGAGAAAUGAGUUACGGACGACAACGUGUUUGGGGAACACUUGGCUUUGGAAUAACAGCUUUUUUAUCAGGUUAUCUUAUUGAUGUGUGGUCUAUCGACGAUGAUUUAACAUCAUAUUCUCCAGCGUUUGUUCUCAUUUUCAUAUUUUGCCUCGCUGACUUAUUAUGCUGUCUUAAAUUAGAGUUACCAGUAAUAUCAGGAACAGGAAGCAUUAUGAGGGAUGUAUUCCAAUUAAUAAGAAUGAAACCAAUUGCAAUUUUUCUUUGCUUUGCAACAAUAGCUGGAAUUAUUGACAGUUUUCUUAUUUACUUUUUAUUCUGGUAUCUUGAAGAUUUGGCUACGGCGUCAGAUCAAAAACAGCACAUUAAAUUAAUAGAAGGUCUUAUUGUUGCAGCAGAAACAUUAGGAGCUGAAAUUAUAUUUUUCUCCUUAUCUGGUAAAAUCCUGAAAAAAUUUGGAUAUGGAUACAUUUUUACUUUUUGCUUUGCCUCUUAUGCUCUGAGACUUGGAUUAAUUUCUCUAAUUAAAAAUCCAUGGUGGGUCAUUUUAGUAGAAUUUUUCAUGCAAGGACCAAGUUAUGCAUUGUGUUAUACAUCUAUUGUGGCUUAUGCGUGUGCAAUUGCACCACCUGGUACUUCCGCGACUGUUCAAGGAAUUGUAGCUGGAAUGGACGAUGGUUUCGGUUUUGCAAUUGGCAGUUUAAUAAGUGGAAUAUUGUACAAAAACUUUGGCGGUGUAAUUACUUUGUGGAUUUUUACCUUAUUAGCCGCUUGCACUUCUGUCUUAUAUUUUAUAGUUUACAUCACAUACUUAAAACAUACAAUUCCAGAGACAGGUACAAAGAAGAAAAUUACUCUGCAAACUCAAGAAGAUGAUGUGACACAUAAUGAGAACUUAAUACAAGAAAAUACAGUACAAAUGAACUAUUCUUAAAAAUUGAAUAAUUUUAUUUAAAAUUAAUCUAAAAAUGAAGAAAUCAAAAAUAUAUUUUAUUUAAAAAACUA